GAACUACGGCAAUAAUCUCUUAAUUUAAAUGCAACAACUGACAACAUCAUGAAUUCAGCUAUUUUUUUAAACCUUUCAGUGAAUGGCUGCAAGUGCCCUCAUUCUCCCCCUACUCGUCUCUUCUUAAACACUGCUGAGUCAUUGACUUAAUCCUGAUCCGUGGGAAUCCAGAAGUAUUCCACCAGCUUUCUGUUCCCUCGCUGGCUCAUCGCCGACUCGGGGCGCGCUCCUUCAAAAGGGGGCAGUUCGUCAAAGUGGGCCAGCCCGCCGUCCCUCGCCGAGUGCGGCGCGCUCACACGGAACAUAGUCCUGGAAAGCGGGACAAAAUUCCAGGUUGAGGAAUCGUGGCAGGAAGGUGGAUUAACCACUAGAGGGAGCCAAAUAGGGGUCCUCGUUCUCCCGCUGGAAGGCCCGCUUGUCGGCGACAGCUCGCUCCAGUUUCAGCUGCACCUCAAAUAGAUUCUUCUCCGUCUGAACCACAACGAGCUGAAGGUCGGAUCGCUGAAGACAAAUGGUCUUCCUCCCUGUCUCGCUGGCCGGCGAUAACGCGGGCCUCGGCGAGGGCCCUGCCCCUGUCAGCCACCCCUCGAAGCGCCUCUGCCUCGUCGGCGGCCUGCGAGCAUAACGCCGCCGUCUGCUGGCUCUGGCACAAGCGCUGCUUCAGCUAGAAAACACACAUCUGCGGCUAAAAUUGGAUGCUAGCCACGACCUCCUCACUAGAUGCAGGUCACGUACGUCUUUGACUUGUGCCUGCAACUCUCGGUUGACGCUCCUGAGGUUCUUCACGAUGAGCUCGUUUUCCGAAUGCAUGGUCAUCCUCUCCAUGCGAAUUUCAUCCGACAGGAACUUGUUCUCCUUCCUCAGGUCUUCGCACUCCUGAUUCCACGCCAAACACCACAAAAACAGAGGAAGAACAAUAUUUUUCAUUUUCACAUUGUUUUUGUUUGGCCCAGUCCGAUUAUCACACAAUCGAUUAUCACGGUAUCACAAUACCGCAGUUGUGGUGACAAAAAAAAAAAGAUGGCGACUGUAUCUCCUCCUUACCUUCCUCUUGCGAACUAGCUCUCCCUGCAGGUGGUUGAUGUGCAGAAAGGAUGUGUUGGAGGUCACACCGGCACUAACGGGCCUCACCACCCUCAGUGGCCUUCGGGUCGGCCUGGAAAGAAGUCUGACCCCCUCCUGCGAAUCUGUGGUCCCGAAGCGCACGCCACUCAUGGUGAGGGACUUACCAAGGCCGUCGUCGGACGAGCCGGACGAGCGCAGGUCCGUGUGGGAUUUGGCUCGGAGCGGCAUUUUCUUCCCUGGAGUGAGGGCUUGGCUUUUUAUGAUGGCUGGGUCAUCACCUGAGAUUCAUUCAAUAUUCAUCAUCAGAACAUGGUGGUAGUGGUGACCGGUUCCAACAUGUUGACUUGCUUAUUGACGCUGACGCUCACCUCGGCGCUCCUCAAAGGUAUCCAGAUAAAUGCGUUGUGCUUGGUGAUGAUUGUGUCAUGGCUGCAUGAAUAUAAAGAGAUGCUUUUUGAAACUUUAUUGGGUGAUGACCGAACAAUAAGAAUCAGAAUUGGGAUCGAUACCGGAUUUUGUGGAGUGUCAUAUUGUCUAUCUGUUGUGUUUGGAGUCUCCAAAGGUCAGAGCGCCGCUGGAGUUUUCCUGCUUAUUGAAGGCGGAGGUUACACCUUCAACUUUACCGCUGCACUCGCCGCUUGUCACUCGCGUCACGCCACCAUGGCGACCGUUGCAAACAUGGAGGAGGCACUGCGACAUGGACUGCAGACCUGCAAGUUUGGCUGGGUGACGGAACAGGUGGCUGUCAUCCCGCGACUUACAGCGAGCGAUAGGUGCGGAAAGGGCAAAACGGGAUUGAUCAGGUGGAACGCCGGGACGGAUCAGGCUUUCGCCGUCUUCUGCAUCAAUGCAACAGCCACCACACCAACGUCCAACUCUUCCACAACAUCGGCACCUUCACCAACUACAGCCGUCAAAACGUCCCCAACGUCCCACCAAGUCCCUAUCUCCACCACCACCUCUCCAUCUCUUACCCACCAUCCCUCCUCCUCCUCCUUGGCCUCUUCAGCCCAUGCUCUUCCGUCUCAUGUCAUCACUUCAUGGCCCACUUCCUCUUCCUCCCGCUCAUCCUUCACCUCGACUCCGACUCAUGCUUCCAAUCAGCAAACCCAGAGACCCGUCAAGGCCCCCUUGAGAGUUGUUUGGAUGGUGUUCAUUGUCCUCGGCAUAGUAUUCCUAAUGGUGACAGUGGCCGGGGUGUCGUGUUACUACUACAAACUGAAAAGUGGGUCCUGUAGGUCGCAGGUCCUGCAGGGGGAUGAUGUGGAGGCAGAGAUGUGGAAGCCCACAGACAGCCGCACCAACCUUCACAGAGCACUCAAUGACUAUGUGGAGGAGGAGGAUGAAGACGAGGAGCAAAGCAAUACAAAGUUUUCCAGUGAUAUCAUGUUAUGUGUGAACCCACAAAUGAGAAACAUCACAGUGUCAUAAAUAUAUUAGGAAUCAGUCUUAAUUCAGUCAGUCUUAAUAAAAAACAAUCAUUUUAUUUGAAAAAAAAGAUAAGCUCAUGAUUUUCUAAUGAAUAAAUAU